AUGGUUUAUAUAACUGAGUGGGACAAGUUUGUGGAGCAAUCCAUUGAGUUGUUCCGUGCUGACCCUGAUUCUACACGGUAUGUCAUGAAGUACAGGCACUGUGAUGGCAAGUUGGUACUCAAGGUCACUGAUAAUCGACAGUGUCUAAAGUAUAAGACAGACCAAGCACAGGAGGCUAAGAAGAUGGAAAAACUAAACAAUAUGUUCUUUGCCUUGAUGGCCCGUGGUCCUGAUGUUGAUCUAUCAGAAGUCACUGGAAAAGAGCAAACAGAUGCUCAACCAAGCAAGAAAGGAAGAGGAAGGAAGCAAUAA